AUGUGUCAACACGAAGUUGCCCAGAACGGAUGGACCAGCACUCCCGCAGAUGCUGGCGCCAUUUUCGGUGACCGGCCUUACAUCAACCAGCCGGGCCCGUUGUCAAUCAAGGAACUUGAAUUCCCAUUUCAUGAUACCGUUGUGGUCAAAACCUUGGACUAUGCAAAGACUGUCCUCCAUCCCGAAACUCUCAACCACUCGAUGAGAGUCUAUCACUAUGGCCUGGCAAUUACAAAGCAGCAAUUUCCACAGCAUGCUACAACCCUCAACCCAGUGACAUGGGCUCUGACCUGCCUUCUACACGACCUAGGCACCGCCGAAGAAAACCUGACCGCCACCAGAAUGUCAUUUGACAUAUAUGGAGGUAUCAAGGCUCUUCAAGUUCUGCAGCAAUUCGGUGCAAGCACAGAUCAAGCCGAAGCCGCGGCUGAAGCUAUCAUUCGCCAUGAGGAUAUGGGGGUUGACGGUACAAUUACCUACAUCGGUCAAUUGAUUCAACUGGCCACUACCUAUGACAACACGGGCUUCCAUCCCCACGUCAAAAACUUUGGAGAGCUGGUGCACAGUGUCACGCGCGCUGAGAUUAACGAGGCUUAUCCUCGUUUGAAGUGGUGCACUUUCUUUUCUGGUACCAUUCAAAAAGAAAUGAGUAUCAAGCCGUGGUGUCAUUCGACUCACCUGGUCGGCUUUGACAAGGAGAUCAGGGACAACACUCUCAUGAAGCAGUGGGAGUGA